ACUUCCUUCUUCACAAACCACAAAAGAAGAAGGACCUAUGACGCGCACUCUCCGCCAAUAUGAAGGCACCCAGGGCAGUUUCUGCCUUUGCUUUUAAAGAAUAAGCCUUGUAAUUUUUUUUACAAGUGCUAAAUCCGCCAGCCUGAUUAAAGUAGGUGUGACACCGAAAAAAUAUCUUGGUCCUGCAGAAUGUCCAAGAUCAGGCGGAAGGUAACAGUGGAAAAUUCAAAAACCAUAUCUGACAGCAGCAGCAGCAGCAGCACCACAACCAGCAGCAGCACCAACCCCGCCGCUCCGUCCCGCAGGCCAAGUGUGUUUGAAAGACUUGGACCCAGCACUGGGAGUAAUGCUGCUGAUAGUCACUGUAGAAAUUGGCUGAAGACUGGGAAUUGCAGUUACGGCAACACUUGUCGCUACACACAUGGAACUCAGCCACGAGGCAAAGGAUUUAGCUUUAGCCGGUCAACCGAGAGGCCCACAGGUGAUCUGCGGGAGAGGAUGAAAAAUAAAAGACAGGAUGUUGAAGCAGAAAACCUGAAACGAGACCUAGAUGAGCCCACGUCCCCCACAGUAAGACAGAGAGAGUCCUCCAGAGGCCGACACAGAGAGAAGGAGGAUAUAAAGAUAACGAAGGAGCGUACCCCAGGCAGUGAAGAAGAACCCACAGAGUGGGAAACCAAUCGUGAAGACUCUGAUAUUGGUGAUUACGACUAUGAGCUUUCCCUAGAGAUGAAGCGUCAGAAGAUUCAGCGUGAACUAAUGAAAUUAGAGCAGGAAAACUUGGAGAAGAGAGAAGAAAUUGUCAUCAAGAAAGACGAGACUCCGACGAAAUCCAGAACCACAGCCUUGCCAAAGGCUUCCCCUGAGCAGUUAAGCUCCAAAGAUUCACCCUCAUCCAGAAAGUCCAGUGGCUCGCCAAAACAUAAACGGGGAAACAAAGGGCUGGGCUCGGGGAAGAAAGAAAAGAAGGCAUCAGUAUCCUCACCUGUUUCAGAAACUACCAGGUCUUCGAAAGGAAGCCACAGCAAGAAGAAAGGGCCCCGUACCCCCAGUCCCCUUCCACCGGUCCCUCUGGACCUGCCCGUGGUCGGGAAAAAACACAAAGGCAAGCACAAAAAUAAGGAGAAGUCUGACGAGAAGCAGAAGGAGGGUAAAGAUCGUGGACGAGAUGCAGAAAAACACAAAGAGAAGAAGGAAAAACGCAGGGAUAGAUCAGACAGUUCCCACAAGGCCAAGAGGUCUGUGACAUCAGAGGAGCGUUCUGGUAGCGUGUCAUCUCCCUCCAGGGGUGUGUCGCCCUCAGCCAGGAAGAAAUCUACCUCUCCUAAAGCUUCCUCCCAUAAGGCUUCUAUCUUGGCAUCCCCUCCUCACAGGUCUCCUUCUCCUCCGCGCCACCAACGCAGCCCCACUCCUCCCCGUCACCGCUCGCCUUCGUCCCACUCCGGUUCCUCUGCCCACCGGCACUCUCCCUCUCCUCGACGCCGUCGUUCUUCUUCCCCCCUCUACCACAGAAGCGCCACCGCUCAGGCAUCCGUCUCCUCACCUCAGAGUUCCCGGCGCUCUCGUUCGCCUCCUGCUUCUCAUGACACAUCGUCACCCCAUCGGCGGUCUGACAGAUUGAGCCCCAGCCGGCGCCACUCCAGGGGCCGCGAGAGGAGUCGUGGCGACAGAGAGAGGAGUCCUCCCAUCCAGGACCGCAGACAUGAGCGCAGAGAUGAUAGUCACAGCAAACGAGAGAAGGACAGCAUCCGUGACGACCGGGACUAUGACUCUGAACAGAUCUCCCGGGAUGCCCGUGACGACAGGGACGCCCGAGAUGCUCGUGACCGACGGGACGCUCGUGACCGAGGAAGGGAACCAACUCGAGAUUCUCGUGAUAGCAGGGAUGUGAAGGACUUGAGAGAGAGUAGGGUGGAGACCCGCUCCAGUCGAGACCGCGAACGGGAGCGAGAGAAGGACCGGGAAAAGGAGAGGGAGCGAGAAAAGGAAAGAGACAGAGAGAGGGAGAGGAUUGAUGCACACAGGAAGGAGGACCUGAUUCAGGAUGACAGGAGCUACGGGAGAGGGCAUGGACGUGACGAUGGAGGCAGAGGAGAAGCAAGGACUGAGAGCAGGACGGACAGAGCUGAUAGGAAUGGACGAGGUAGAGGACGCGCUAAUGACAUACCUGAGAAAGGCUCCAACAGAAACUCUCGGGGUUCCCAACUGGAAAGCAGCCAUGACAACUGGGAAUCGCGGAGCAGUGCCGUUCGUGAACGGAGUGUGGAGAGGAGCACAGAUCGCAGUGCCAAUGAAAGAAGCUCGGACAGGGUGUCAGACCGAGAUCGCUACGAGUGUGAGAGAAGAGGGGAGCAGACCAGAGACCCCUCGUAUGACAGGAGAGGAGGACAUGGAGAGCGGGAUCGCAGAGACAACCGAGAAAGAGACCAAAGGGCAGCUUCUCCAAGCAGACACCAGGGGAGGCUGGAGGAGUCUGAGAGGGACGAGAGGAGGGACGAGCGCAGGACUGAGAGAGCUGAAGACAGGAGAGACGACAGGACCCGCGAGCGAGAGCGGGAACGGGACAGGGAGCGCGAGAGGGAACGGGAGAGAGAGAAAGAGAAGGAGAGAGAGCGGGAGAGAGAGAGGGAAAAGGAACGGGAGAAGGAGAGGGAGGCGGAGAGAGAGCGGGAGCGGGCCAGGGAGAGAGAACGAGAGCGAGAAAGGGAGAGGGAGAGAGAGCGAGAGAGGGAAAGGGAGCGCGAGGAGCGGGAGAGAGAGAGGGAGAGGAAAGAGAGAGAACGGGAGAGAGAACAGCGCGAGCGGGAGAGACUGCGGGAAUGGGAGGUCCGAGAGAGGGGACGGGAGGAGAGGCGGGAGAGGAGAGACGACGUCAGGGAUGAACGGCCGGUUCGAGACAGCCGGGACGAUCGCAAGUUGAGUCGUAAGAGGCCCAGGAUGGAUAGCAGCCAGAGUCCCCGAUCCUCUCCUAAGCGAACGACACUGGACCUCAGUCCAGCAGACAGCGACGACUACAAUAGUGCCGAAGACAAAAGUGAGCGCCCGAUUGGCCGAGGGCAGGCCAAGCUCCACCCUCAGCCCCUCCUCCCCAGCCCAGUGUGUCUGCCUCCAUCUGACAAUGGGGACAAGCAUCGUCUGCUGAGCCAGGUGGUACGGCCCCAGGAGCCGCUGUUACGAUCGCCGCCGAGGACUGCUGCAUCCGAUGAAAAGCCCACUCACUGGAAGGAUGAGGACCGCAGGGCAGUCGGGGACAAAAGGGAAGCACGCGGUCGCCAUGAGGACCUGGAGCCUCGUGGGGAACGAAGCAGAGGGGGCGACAGGCGUGGAGAGCACCUCUCAGACGCGCCUUCUGACUUGCGUAGCAGAGGCAGAGAUCCUACACCACCUCCACCUCCACCCCUUGCCGCUGCCAGUGAAGACAGAGAGACCGGUGGUUCUCAGCUGCAUGAGGAAGGGAAAAAGAAGACAAAGUCACAGAGGAAGGGCUUGAAGAAGGGUCGCAAAGACGAAGAGACUGUCGCUGCCAGCGCCCUGGCUGCUGCAGGGGACCGAUUCAACCCCGAGCCCCCAUCUGGGGCUUCUGCAGACGUGCCUCCACCCUUACAUUCUCCCAGGAAAGGGGCAAAGAAGAAAGCUCUAGAGCGAAAGAGGAAGCGAUCGCGAGGGGGGGAGUCUGAAGCAUCCGAGGAGGAAACUUCAACCUACCUGCCACACAGUAAGAGGAAGAGGGGUCCUCGGACACCGCCGCCUUCAAUGAGACCUGAUCAGCGAGGUGCUGGAGGGAAUACAGAGCGCUCUCCUCUUUCGAAAAUGGACAAUUUCAGUGACUGGUCAGAUGAGGAGGUGACAGACCGGGGAGGCUCGCUGGAAACACUUGCUCCUUUGGUUUCUGCUGAGAGGGCUCCUCCUGAACCUCUCAGGAGAGGUGGAGGCCCCAGGAUGGGCCGGGGUAAUCCACCACCCAUUGCACCUUUGCUCUCCCAGGAUCCUCCAAUGCUGCUGCAGACUUUGCCUCUGCAGCCUCUCAUGUCCCAACCGCUGCUCCGCAAACCCCCACCAGAGCAGACGCGCAGCAGCAGCAUGGGGAGCAACCAGAGUCGGACAUCAUCUCGACGCCUACGAUCACCCUCUAACGAGUCAGCCCACAGAGAAGAUCCCCAGGGCCCACGAUCGCGCCGGGGCAGACUUCAAGGCACCAACUCUCGGGACCGGGAAAGAGAGCGGGAGCGAGAGAGAGAACGGGAGAGGGAGCGAGACCGCGAGAGGCCGGCAGCGAAUGACCCUCCAUGCUCUGAGAGGAAGUCCCGGAUUGAUCAGCUGAGGAGAGGAGAGCCCAGCCGUAGCACCUCAUCAGACCGGCAGGAUUCUCGCAGCCACAGCUCCCGACGCAGCUCUCCUGAUUCUGAGAGGCAGGCCAGGUCCAGGUCCCGUGCCGGCUCCUACGACAGUCGAGAACGAGAGAGAGAAAGGGAGCCAUUUGAACGGGAGAGGGAAAGAGAGAGGGAGAGAGAACGCAAGGACAUCCGACCUCAGCAGCAACAGCAGCAGCCUCUGCUUCUCCAACAGCAACUACAACAACCACCAUCAAGAGAAUGGGAGGCUGAAUGGCCAAGCCGGGGGCGGGAGCCCCUGCUGAUGCGUCCUGGUCGCGAACCUCUCCUUAGGGAGCGGGACAUCCGGGACAGGGAACGCUUACUCCCCGAAGGACUCAUCCAGCAGCAUGAACGGGAGCGGGAAAGGGAGAGAGAACGGGAGAGAGACAUUCGAGGUGACCGAGGUGUUGACCGAGAGAGGGAGAGGUUGAUGAUGAUGGAUAUCACGCCCCACGGGGAUCCCAGGGCUCCAGUACGAGGGGACAUCAGAGGAGACCUGCGAGGAGACCUGCGAGGAGACAUGAUGAGACAAGACAGGAUGGAUUACGAGCCUAUGCUGCCCAGAGAAGCUUUCAGUCCUCCAGAGCCCGAGAAACCGAGCAACAGUCCCCAUCUAACUGGAGAUCAACGGGAGGUGGAGAAGGCAGACAGCAUCGAUGGAGACGAUGAUGGGAAGGAAGAUGAUGGCCAGUCUGUGGCAUCUGUUGGCGAGGAGUACGAACCGAUCAGCGAUGAUGAGCUGGAUGAAAUUCUGGCUGACAGCCAGAAAAAAGAAGAUCAGCAAGAAGAAGAGAAAAUCACAGGUCCUCUGGAUGUGAUAGAUGUGGACUGGUCCAGCCUGAUGCCCAAACAGAAACAGGAACCGCGGGCAGCGGGGGCAGCCUUGCUCCGCUUCACCCCAGGGGCAGUGCUUCUUAGGGCAGGCAUAUCCAAGAGACUUGCUGGCCCAGAACUCCUGGAACAAGUCAAAGAAGUGUGCAAGUCUGAGCUGGACGAUCCUAAAGAUGCUGACAAGCUCUUUGAGCAUGACCUGGGAGCCUUGAAUAUGGCAGCUCUGAACAGGCGGGUGGAGAGGGCGGGUUUAUUGAGAAAUCUGGGGCCGUGCUGCAAGGCCCUGUGUGCUCGCAGGGACUUCGCCAUCCGCCGGCAACUGUUGAAAAACGAAAAGGGUCUAUCCAAGCAUGACCCCACCACACCCGUGGUAGACAAUGAGCUCCUGCAGAUGAGCAUGCGUCUCUUCAGAAGGACCGUGGCCGGCCAGGCAUCGGCCCCGGAAAGGUCGGACAGUGGGUCGGCACCAGCAGCUGAAGUUACUGAAGCUGGUAGUGGUAGUAGUAAGCUCAGCGCAGCACAGCCUGAGGUCUGUGUGUCCUGAGAGUAAAACACAUCAGAGGUGAAUGCUUCUAGGCCUUUACUUCCUCUCACUCCUAACUCUGUUUCUACCUGUCUCAUUUCAUUACAUUCAUAGCCUUUUUAGUCAUGAGAGGCAAUGUUGUGACUCUUUCAGUUAUUUGUUUUUCAUGAUGUGUUCCAUAGACUACUGAUAACUAGCCUAUGGAGGGGUGCAACUAUCCAUGUAUGAGAAAUCUAAAACGCCUAAAAUGACUUCAUGUUUUUGUGGAUUUACAGUGUUUUAGAGCAGAUUUUUAACGAUCAGUUUCACCUGCCUGACAAAGAUUUGUUUCCUAUGUUGUGCGUUGGUUAGUACAACUGUGCAUUAAAAUGAUUAGAUGUUGAUUAUUUUUUAAUAAUUCUUUUUGUAACUGGUCUUUUGGUUUGUAUGAAACGACUGUUCAGCCAUGACAUAAUGGGACACUUAAUAUUGUUCUGUUUUUUUUUUUGUUUGUUUGUUUACACCACAGUACAUGAUCCGAGUCUAUAGCAUUGGCCGCAGAGUUUAUCGACUCACAACAGUGAAACAUCCUGCAGGAACUUGAAAGAACAUUUCUCACUAAAAAGCACUGCCAAGCUAUUCCUUCACUGAAUGUAAUUAGUUAAAGCUUUUAGUCUGUGGAAACACGUUUUAUUUUUUGUGUUUCUUUUAAAUGGUUUGGCAGCGUCUUUCUGACAGGAACUGAAGGGAGUGCAGAUCACCUGAUCACGAACAUGAACGAGUGGAAUUCCUCUUCUCACAAGCCCACAUCAUCCAUGAUGGAGCCAAAGCGCUCCCAGUAGGAAAAGACAGUGUACUGCUUAGGAAAUAAUGACUGAAAACAAACCAUUAAUCUGAACUUUCUAUCUGUCAUGCAGUCGGCCAAACAAGGUCACGGUAGUCUUGCACAGAUGGAUAAGGUGCACCUUUAAAAUGUGGUUGUAUCAGGAGACAGUUGUUUAACAAAAAAUGCAAGAUUUGCAUUAUGUGUGUGCUGGGAUAAUUUUAAAGGACUGAAAAGAUUAGGAAGGAGCAAAGUACUUCUGUCCUAAAGCUCUGGAUUCAACACGAUCCACCACCCAAUCCAGCUCCGUGACAUCAAAUCUGAUUCCUCUUCUCCAUCCAUUCGGGGUCAGCGCCUGUCCUACACCCAGUUUUCACAUUUUGACUUCCACUGAAAAUUUCUGCCAAAACAAAAUUGGCAAUAACACAA